GGUCACACUGGCGUGAAAAGCAAAAAUCAAAUUGAAAGCGAAAUUGCACAUUUUAAAAUUGCAGCAGGCUGUUGUGUCCCCGUCGACGUCGGGUUGUCUGCUUGUGUGUAAAGUGAAAUAAAAGUUUAUUGAAAUUCAUAGUUGAUAGAUUUGUAGCAAUCGCAACUUAGUACGCUUUUGAUAUCUAAAUUUUCGAGUUAACACGAUUACGACAGUGUACUUCUUCAGCACGGCAUAGAUGCCCCUCCGCUAAACCUUCAUUCGAAUUGGUUAAAAUGCAGCCCCAAUAAGCAAACCACGACGACAAACGGUUGCAAUAAAGGCGUUAGGUACGAAGGACAAGCCACCCGUCACCCAGGCUUUAAUCACAGCUGAGAGCCAGAAAGAGACAGCGAAGAGAACCAAGAAACUGAAAAGCUCUGAAAGCACACAUACCAACAAAACCAAAAGCAUUCAAACUGUAUGCAGUGCCUGCAGGCACAAGUCCCGUACACCAGCGCAACGAGCAUAGAGCAACGAACAUCGAAAACAUCGCAUAGGGCAUUGAGCAUCGGGAGCGAAAUAACAUACACACAUACACACUGACACUGGGAGGAAGAAAAUGGAUCUUUUCGAUAUGGACGACGUUGUAGUGGGCCCCCCGGACGAGUGCAGUACCCCGCUGAAGGAGUGGCGGCUGAAACUUCAGGCUGGCACACUGACACGCAACGACUUCAUCGAGUUCUUCAAAAGGGAGUCGCCCAAGUACUUUGACUAUCAGAACGAACUAGAUACAGUCAAAUGUAUGUUCAAGGAGGCCCUGGCUAAGGAGGAGAUCAUCGAUGUUCUGGUCGAGUUCAUGCUUGGUGACAACCCAAAAUCGGCGCUUGAGAAGCUGCGCCUCGAGGGCAACACCGCCACAGUUUGCGGCAAGGUCUUCAAGAAUGGAGAGCCCACGUACAGUUGCCGUGAGUGUGGCAUGGAUCCCACCUGUGUGCUGUGCGUGAACUGCUUUAAGCGGUCAGCGCAUCGCUUUCACAAGUACAAAAUGUCCACCUCUGGGGGCGGUGGCUGCUGCGACUGUGGGGACAAUGAGGCAUGGAAGAAGGAUCACUAUUGUCAUCUGCAUUUGGAUAAUCGCAAAAAUCCGCUCGAGAGCAAGAUCAUCACUGAGGCCGUGCUGGAGCGCAGCGAGAUCUGCUUCAGUGCCAUUUUGUCGUUUUGCGUCAACUAUCUGGAGAUCGAGCCGAACGCCAGUCUGCAGUGCCUGGACGGGGAGGACAUGGGCCUAGGGCUCGAUGGGGCGAACUACUGCACGGUGCUGUACAACGAUGAGUCGCACACGUUCGACCAGGUUAUCCAGACGCUAACAAAGAUUGCCAAAUGCCGCCAGAAGGAGGCCAUGGAGAUAGUGGCGGCCAUAGAUCGCGAGGGCCGGGCCGUGGUCAAGUGUGACACGUUCAAGAGCUGCAACGACCUGAAGACGGCCAUAGAGAACCAGAUGAUACCGGCGACCGGACUGCUGGCCAAUCCCCGAAACAGAGAGUCGCUGCGGACCUCCGUGUUGCACAUCAAUUCGGUGGCCUGCCAGCAGUUUGCCCUGCAGCUGCUGAGUUGGUUCCAGGAGUUCCUCGUCCGUCACUACCUCUUCCGCAAGAUCUUCUCCGAGCUGGUGCAGCGCAAGCAAGAGUCCUUCUGCAUCCGCCACAUCCUCGAAUACGACGUGAAGCUGUGGAAGACGGCGCGCACCUGCUGGCACCGCCUCCUCAUCUCGGGCAUGCUCAUGGAGUACGACAACAAGAUGGUGCUCGCCCAGGAGUUCUCGCGCCGUUACGCGACCAUCGUGGAGGACUUCAUCAAAGACGAUCACGACCACGCCUUCUCGAUUGUCUCACUCAGCGUGCAGCUGUUCACGGUGCCCAGCAUUGCCCAUCGCCUCAUCGCCAUGGAGGGCAUCUUCGACAAGCUGCUGCACACCUUCUACUACGUGGCCAUCGAGAAGUUUAUCCUCAACCGCACCCUACACUUCAGCAAGAACAUCGCCAGCCUGACCUUCUUCAAGCGCGCCAACUACAUCCUCUACGACCUGCGCUAUCUGCUCAGCCUCAAGCCGGAUGUACUCAGCAGCGAGCUGCGCACAGGGUUCCUCGAGGGCUGCAAGGCUCUGAUGCGUGUCCUCAAUGUGAUGCAGGGCAUGGAGUCGAUUACCCGUCAAACGGGGCAGCACAUGGACUACGAACCGGAGUGGGAGUGCGCCUUCAAUUUGCACAUCAAGCUGGCCACCACCAUUUCGCAGGUGAUUGAGUGGGCGUCCACCGACAAGAUGCUCCUGCACAAGCUCUACAAGAUGACGGUCCGAUCGCUGGUCAGCAACAACUUCAUUGUCGGAGCAGCUGGCGGCGAUGAGGUGGAGGCCCGUAGUGUGGCUGGGCAUGUGGCCAGCUGCCUCGUCUACGAUGUCUUGGUGCGGCCUGUGUCGAUUCAUUUACCAUUGACUCGCUUCUAUGCCGGAAUCUAUCUGCAUCUGGAGGCCCAUGGCCUGAGCUACGACUCCCUGGUGGCCGAGACCGAGGUGCUGAACAUCAAGCUGACGCCGCGCGAGAUCAUCGAGCCGGUGCUGUGCACCCACGCGAUGAUUGCCCAGGUGGCCGCCGGCAUGUGGCGCCGCAACGGCUACUCGCUGCUCCACCAGCUGUACUUCUACAGAAACGUGCGCUGCCGCGUGGAGAUGCUGGACAGGGACAUUGUUUGCCUGCAGAUCGGAGCCUCGCUGAUGGAGAGCAACGAGUUCCUCAUCCACGCCCUGAAUAAGUUCAAUCUGAUCGGCUGGGCCCAGCCCAACUAUGAGACACUGCUGGCCGAGUCCUCCGUAGACGAGGAGUUCAUGCGGCAGCUGUCGAUGAUUGACGAGUUCCUCGAGCUGCUCAUUGUCAUCAUUGGGGAGCGCUGGAUGCCCGGAGUGUCGCUCGUCAGCGAGGAGGAUCGAUUGCGCAAGGAGAUCAUUCAGCUGCUGUGCAUCAAGUCGUACUCCCACUCGGAGCUGAGUCGCGCCCUGCCCGACACCACGGGCGGCAACAGCGACAGCGUCUUCGAGGAUGUCAUCAACACGGUGGCCACGUUCAAGAAGCCCGUGGCUGCCGACCGCAAGGGCGUCUACGAGCUCAAGGAGUCACUGUAUGACGAAUUCAACGUUUACUACUAUCACUACACCAAGGAGGACAAAUCAAAGGCCGAGGAACUGCAGCGGGAACGUCGCAAGUCCAAGAAGGAGCUCGUCUGCUGUCCGCCGCCCAUGCUGCCACAAUUGACACCAGCAUUCACAUCCAUGGCCAACAUAUUGCAGUGCAAUGUUUUCCUCACAAUUUGCACUUUGACCAUGGACCGGGCACUGGACAUACGCAGUCGCUGCUUCUCUGAAUCUCACGUGCAGAAGAUUUUACACUUGUUGGGCUUUGCCAUCCAGGAGGAACUGAGCGAACAUUAUCCAUUCCUCAGUUUCUAUGAACGCGCCCAGCAGUAUGGCAUCCUCGAUAAGUUGGAGGAGCUAGCCCGUUGCCCAAGGUUGGAGGCGCAUCGCGACUUUGUGCUGUGGACCAUUAAGCGGUUCAAGGAUAUGCAGGCCAAGCAGGCGCCAGCAGCAGCGGCCGGCCCCAGCGGCUCUCAGAGACAGUCGAUGGGGGGCGAGGAGUUGCCGCUGACAUCCGAGGAGCAGGCACGCAAGGAGAAGGAGACUCGCGCUAAGCUGGCCGCCGAGCGUAGAGCGAAGCUCAUGGCCCAGAUGAAGAGUGCCCAGAAUUCGUUUAUGAAGUCAAAUGCCGAGAUGUUUGCCAACAGCGACCUGGAGCAGAGUUCCACUGGAUCGGGAGCCUCAAGCUACAGGACGGCUGCCUCGAUGGGCGGCAGUGCCAUGGAGUGGGAGGAUAUAUCGGACGACAGCCUUGAAGAGCAGGGUGCGGCCGCUCUGGCGAUAAAGCAGAACCCGGCCUGCCUGGGACCCAAUCGGGCACCCUAUCAGGCGCAGGAGAACAGCUUCAAGUGCAUUCUGUGCUUCGAGAAUUGCAGCAUCAAUCCGGACGGACCGCCGCUCGUUAGCUCCGCUUUUGUGCAAACCUCGCGCGUCAUUCUGACCACGCCAGGCCACUACGAUGGCAAGAGCGGCAUGCAUGUGAGCUGCUGCGGCCAUGUGAUGCACUACAAGUGCUGGCAGGAGUACUACAGCAACGAGGAGUCCAAGGAGCAGCGUCGCCACCACCGGAACCGCCUCGCACUCACCCAUGUCCCCAACGUGGAGUUCCACUGCCCGUAUUGCCGGGCCCUCAGCAACAUUGUGCUCCCCGUUAGCGAGCCAUUGGGCGGACUCAUACCCGGCCAUGCCGCAGUGUCGCCGGUUGUCGGCGGUGGCAGCUCCGAGAACUACUUGCCCCUGGACUGCUUUGUGGAGAUCAUGCGGACCCUGGCCGGAGAGCUAGCGGCUCCGGCCGCUGACAGCACCAUGUGGCAGUAUCCGAGCGUGCUGCGCAAGUCCAAUGUGAUCGGCGAUGUGGCCCAGUUCGAGCGGAGUGUGCAGCUGAUCGAGAAGCCGCAGCUGCAUCCCACAUGCUCGGAUGUGAUGUCAUCCUUCAACAAGGCGCUGCAGAAUGCGAUGCACAGCCAGCAGCCGAACGCUGCCGCCGAUGGCGGCGUUGGCGUUGGUGUUGGCGUUGAGAGCGAUAGCCCGUACCUGGUCUUUGACGCAUGCAGCUACACCCUGGAGUCCCUCGAGAUCUACAUGUUCACCAUGCGCAAACCGCUUAAAGUGGAGAUGCCCAUGCGCCAUCAGACAUGCACCACGAAUCUGGUGCGCGCCUGUUCCCUCUACUCGUGCUGGGCACCGCAUCGCCCCGAACAGGCAGCGAAGCUCCUGGAUACCAUAUUCAACCAAAAGGGAACCAGCGUACUCGAAUGGGACUGCUUCCGGAUGCUAGUCCAGCUCAAUUUCGGUGUCCUCAACCUAAUGGUGAGGGAGAGUGAACAUGCCAUCCUGCCCAGCGGCAGCAUGUUCGAUUUCUACAUGCUGCAGACCAUGUUCCUGGCCAAUGUCACAAAGGCCGUCAUCUGUUUUGACGUUGAGAAGGAGCUGGCCAAGCGGCGGGCCAAGGAGGAGGCCGGCGAGCAGACGGAGUUCUCUCAGCUGGCGUAUGUAGAGCAGCUGCCAUCGAAGAUUCAGGAGAAUAUGGUGGCAUUCUAUCGUAGCUACAAUGUGCCAGCGCGCAUGCGCCAGCUGGUGCAGCAAAAGAAGUUGGCCGAGUCGGAGGAGAAGCAGACUCAGAGCCCGAAUCAAGAGCAGACUGUGGUUAUCCCCUGCGAGCUGCAGCACUUGGCGCUGAUGCUGGAACAUGUGCGUUAUCAGAUGGGCUCGUUUCUGCGCUGCGCCUGCCUCUUCUAUCGCUGCAUGACCGAUGUGGAGUUCCCCGACACGUUCCCCUUGGAGCAGCCGGAUAGAUUCGAUCUGAUGUGCCAGUACCUGGGUCUGGAUGCCGACAUGGGCGUUUAUUUCGACAUGGAGACAGUCUUUGCCACCAUGAUGCACAACUUUGCCUCACAUCCGCACGUCCUGCGACAGGCCGAGCAGUGCAGCUUAGGCUAUGGCGAUCCCGUCGAGGUGUUGCCAUGCCUCCGCCCCCUGCCGGCGCUGAAGAAGCUCUUCGACGAUUACAGCGAUCUGAUCAACAGCGUGUCGGACAUUUUCUGUCCCAAUAAUGAGCGCGAGGAAAUGAAGACCCCAACGAUGUGCCUGAUAUGUGGCGAAGUGCUCUGUGGCCAGUCGUACUGCUGCCAGCCAGAGCUGGGAAAGAUGUCGGUGGGUGCCUGCACCCAUCAUGCCUACAGCUGCGGGGCCGAGGUUGGCAUAUUCCUGCGCAUACGGGACUGCCAGGUGGUGUAUCUGGGUCGCGGCAAGGGCUGCUAUGUCCAGCCACCGUAUCUGGACGAGUACGGAGAGACGGAUCAGGGCCUAAGGCGUGGCAAUCCGUUGCGCCUCAGCCAGUACGCCUAUCGCCGCAUCUUUAUGCAGUGGCUGGGCCACAAGCUGCACGAGGAGAUUGCUCGCCUCAAUGACAAUGCCAAUGUGGCUGUAACGCAAUGGCAUCACAUGUAGUCCGGACGAGGGAAACGCAGUAGAUCGCCCAGCUGCAGUCGGAUCGCUAGAGCGGAGCGGAACGGGUGAACUGACUCUGACGCUGAAGCUGAAGGAUAUCGAGAGCAAGAGAGAUGGCAAUGGCUGCAGUCAAUGUGAUUAUUACGUACUAACAUUAGGAGAGCAUAUUUAUACGUCUAAGCAUUUUACGAGUUAUCCUUUCGAAAGGAAACAUAACCCUUCCCCCCAAAACACACACACACACAAUACACAAACACACCUCGAUACGUUGAGUACCAAAACGGAAACCACAACCAAAAAAACAACUGAACUUAACGCCUAAAUUUUAACUCAAUGUAAAAUCCACACACACAGCCAACAAACAGACACAGACACACACGUCCGGAUUCAACUUUGUAAAAUCGUCUUGCGUUUUCUAUCACUAUUUCACAUAAAACUUGAUUAAUAUUAUUAUUAUUAUUAUUUUUUUUGAGCUAACAUUAGAGAACUUGUUGAUAGUUUGAGUAGUAGACCGAAUUUUGCGGAACUUCUCUAGUUAUAUAUAUAUAUAAUAUACAUAUACUACACUUAAAGAAAGAAAACAAAAAUGUAAUAGGUUAGAUUUUUGCCAGCACCUUCAAGGACUAUAUCACACACACAAACACAUGAGCCCCUCGCCCCACACAGCAGAUGAGAAAGUAAAAUUAAACAAUCGAGCACACUGUGUGUUUAUUUGCUUCUGAUUGAUCUGUGCCCAUGUCAUACCCAGCAGCACCACUUCCCAAAUCUAUGUACAUAGAAAUCUUUGAAUCCUUAUCCCAAGUCCCCACACUCUUGGCAGGGAACUGCUGAGUUGCAUCAAUCGAUGCAAUUAACCGGAUGGAUGUCACACAUGAGCAGACACACCCGACCCAUGAUAUUGGCACACCUUCAACUGUGAACCACACACUACCCCUAACGACACGAAGAUGGCUUCAAAAAUACAUACUAAAGUUAGUCAAAUCAUGUUUUCUUUAUGAAUAUACUUAACACCUCCUCCAUAUGGCAACUAUCUGCGCAUAGAUAGAUAUAUGGACACGCAUGUUUCUAUCUAUAUAUUGUACAACAACAACAACAGCAAAAACAAUAUUGAUUUAUGUAAAGUUCAAGCAACAUAUUGAUGCGAAACAAAAUCUUACAAAUGGAAAUGCGAGGAAGCAAAAACAAAUUUGAAAUAAAAAGCAGUUUGAAAAAUA